AAUGAAAGAGGCGAUGGAAGAGUCUCUCCAACCUUUAGAGUUUGUUAUAAUUCAUGAUGCGAUUCCUCCUUAAGAGCAAGAAAAAUUGUGUGGAUCAUAACUCUGACUUUGAAGAAACAAGUGUCUAAUUUGACUUCCCAAAAAGACAGGAUGGAAAGACGAGGAUUUAGAGAGCCAAGCCCCCCCACGUCCAGCUCAGGAAACUCCGAGGCCCUCUGCUCUUCCUCUGCAGUGACGCGAUUAAUCACACUCGCAGCACUGUAAUGGACUUCACAUGCCUCGUCCCUUUCUUCUCCUCCUCCUCGUCCUCCUCCUCCUACAGUCUGCUCUCCUCUGUCAGAGUGAUGUAGGGUCACGAGUAUGGGGAAACACCUUCCAAGGAGAAAUGCACACAUGUACUUUCACAACACACACUCGCAGAGAGGUCCUCGCUGAGCGCUGAAUUGUGAGACAACAGUACAUGCUGCAUUGAAAAGAAUUUGGAUAGCAGCAUUUCUCCAAACUAAGGUCUUAAAGGAGAAGAAAUUGGACCCACAGUCCUUCGCUCCUCAACAUUGAAGACCCAGGGGGACCAGAGAGAAAGCAGAGCAGAGACUCAGUGAAAAGAGGAUUCAAAGAUUUCCCCGUCACCUGAUUUCUGCAGCUUUAACAUGGGAUGAGCUCCUAGCGUCAGUGUAAUAAGCUGUGCACCAGUGUAUCCUGACUAACCCGACCAGAUCCCGGCCCCCGAGCUCUGACCCUUUAACCCUGGAGGGGCUGGGGGGGUCGACGGGGAGAAAAUGCGGUGUACCACCCUCUUGGCCCUGCUGACGGGGGUCAUGCUGUACCUGGUGAUGGGAGCCCUUGUUUUUGGCACCUUGGAGUUCCCAGAGGAGAGUUCUGCGUUCCAAAAACUGCUUGAUACCAAGAACGCCUUCCUUGAUAAUAACUCCUGCGUCAAAGAGCUGGACUUCCACGAGCUGGUGAAGGGAGUGGUGUCUGCGGUGGAGGCCGGUCUGGAUGUGAACAACCUGCCUGCCAACUUUACCAGCCGCUGGGACCUGGCCUCUGCCUUCUUCUUCUGUGGUACCAUCAUCACCACCAUAGGUUUUGGGAACCUGUCUCCUCGGACGUGGUACGGCCAGCUGUUUUGCGUGUGCUACGCUCUGGUGGGCAUCCCGAUGUUUGGCAUUCUGCUCGCUGGAGUGGGCGACCACAUGGGCACAGUGCUGCGCAGAGCUGUGGCCAAGGUUGAGACUCUCUUCCUGAAGCGUAAGGUCAGGCCGACCACCGUGCGUGUGAUCUCAGCCGUUCUCUCCAUCCUGAUUGGUUGUCUGAUAUUCCUCGCCGUGCCAACAGUCGUAUUUCAGAAAGUGGAGGAAUGGUCAUUUCUGGAGUCGCUUUACUUUGUGGUCAUAACUCUCACCACCGUUGGCUUUGGAGACUACGUUCCAGGUGGUGGUCGUGACGGCGGCUGGUUCUUCAAGCCUCUGGUCUGGUUAUGGAUCGUGUUUGGUCUUGCAUAUUUUGCCUCCAUCCUCACAAUGAUAGGCAACUGGCUGAGAGUGCUGUCUAAGAGGACCCGCGCUGAGAUGGAGGAGUUGAGGGCCCACGCUACUGAUUGGACCCAGAACAUCCAGAACAUGUCCAUGGACUUCCGCAUCCCAAACCCUCUGGAGUUCAACGACCCUUUCCUCCUGCAGCGCCGGCGAUGGAAACGCAGUGAGCGUCGCCGGAUCCGUAGGGGGGCAGAGGGCGCGCUGGGAUACUUGUCCCGCGGAGGAUCUGAGAACGGACACCUGCCGAACCACUGGGCCGCCCUCUCCAGCUCCUUGAGCCGGCUGGACGCCCAUUCCUCUCUAGAAAGGGCGCUGGUGGCCAAGUCCAGGCAUAGGGUCAGUGCAGCUGGAGUGGGAACAGUCCAGAGAGUGGGGCCUGUUUUGAGGGUUGACCCCGCUAUGGGCCUGCAGGUGGAAGGCAGGUCAUUUCCUCACCUGCUGGCCCGCUCUUUCUCCGUCCCUGUUGCCCGAUCCACCUUAGAACUCGACUCAGCAUGUGUAGCCAUGCAAGGGGGAUCCUUCUCUGGAUCAGAGUCUCCGUUUGACUCCAGGUCAGACGUCUCCUCUGCCUCAUCGUCCUUUUUGGCACUCCACAAGCUGCAGCCCUGCCUCACAGCCAGCACGAUGGAGGAGGGCGUAUCGAGAGCCGCAGACAUGGACAAAGCACAAGAGAAACACAAACUGAUUCCAGCAGAGAGAUAUGUAUCAGUGGUCAGCAAGAGCCCCAAACAUGCACCUGGUCCUGUACUGGGCACACGCUUCACCCCUCUUCAUACUUCUUUUCCCCCUUCUCGCAAUCCUAUCCACCUCCCCUCCCCUCCCCUCCACGCUGCCUCUGCUCCCAGCUGCCAGCUGCUAGAUUUCUUUGGAGAAAACCUGGCAUACAUCGACGAGUCCUCGGACACUCUGAGCGACCGAGCUCAGCCGGGAGGAAGGGAGGAGAAGAGGAGACGCCAUCGAAAGCCCAAGAGGAGGAGUAUGAGGAGGCAGCUGUCACAUCGGUCGAGCCCCACACAGGUCAGGAGGCCCAGCGGUGACAUGCAGCCACCGUCAAAUCCCCCUACACCCCCCCCAGACUCCUCUCUUUCAGACGGGCCUCUGUCAGAGAACCAGGGAGGAUCAGCUCCGACUCUCUGACAGCCUCCAUACACAUGGGGCCAAAAUCAAGACAUGAGAGACGUGAUAAACAUUGGUGAUUUAACUUCACACUUGACACUCUGAUCACUUAAAACAAAUAGUACAUAAACACAUGUUAGUCUCACCAUCGUGAAUGUAGCUGAUGUUCAGGAUAUUUUUGAGCUUAACUAAGUCAACCCACAUGUUUUGCUUUGUUACUCUGUGAUACGACAAAGUUUGAUGGACAUUUGAUGAGAAAACCUUCAUGGGGGCUGUUUCCCUGCUUCGAUUUAAGGAUCUAUUAAUAUAUUAUAAUCCAGACUGAAUGACUGCUUAUUUUACUGAUCUUUGCUUCAGAUUUUCAAGCGAUUUUCAAGAGUGUACAAUUAUGUGCGUGGCUCUGUGUCUUUGAUGAGGGGAUUUUCAUCCUACUGUAGCUAUUUGUUCCAACGUAUGUGAGCUCUAUUCUGCCACAUGCACUCAAUGACCAUGAAAAUGCAUUAAUAGAUCGAGCGAGUCCCACUAAGUUAUGAUAAAGUUUACGGGCAGCGUGGCAAUAAUAGAAAUACAUCACAGUGCGGCUUUUGAGACAGGCUUUUUAAUUAAUUCUUAAGGGGACAUAAAGGUAUGAAUUUCAACAAAUGUCAACCUCUUGGUGGUGCUAGAGGAAGACUCAGGAAAUCCUUGAAAUCAGUAGGACUAAUCAACAUGAAUGCCUGAACAAAAUUGAACAGCAAUUCAUCCAGAAAUAGUUGAGAUAUUUAAGUGUUGGCUAAAGAGAGUGGACCGGUUUGACAUUGCAAGGUUGCUACUUCAUAUUUCUUAAAUUAACUUUGGAUAAAGAAGCCUUUCAGACGAGGGAAUCAUGUUUCCUUUUAGGAACUAACCACACCUAUUGUGUAAACAGUUGGUCACCAGUUUCAGUGGUUUAAAGGCAUUAUGAGUCACAUCAUUAGACAUAAUUAUCCGUCUUUAAGGCACUGCGCUGAAAUGGUUCCCAGCAGACAUAUUCAGCAUUAACUUUCUGAUUUACAGUAAGUUGGCUUUGUGUUGCAAACCACUAGUGGCUAAUGGCUUCAAGAUCAGUACACAGUUUUAAAAGUGAUCAUAAAAAAAUGAUCAACCUUUUACCAAACAUAACUUUAAAAGGGAAAAGAGAGCAGAAAUCUUUUUUUACACAACCAUUUACAUACUUGUUUACGACCUCAUCUACAAACAAAAUUGAUAAUUUUACAAUAUGAGCCAGGAUCGGGGUGGGCUACCACCACUAAAACAUUCCUGGGGGAAAACCCUGCAGUGUGUGGAGAACCUGAACCACAACAACAGUACAUUAUCAUCAUAGCACCGCAGGGCUGUCACUCGCCCUCAGCCAAGUGUCAGUCCUCUGUGUGAUGCUGUCAAACAAGACCAAUGAAAACAUGAUUCAAGAUUUAAAGGGGCUGUUUGCAAAAAAAUCUAAAUGUUUGAGAUAUCCAGGGCAGAAAUUGUGGCCACUUUUCAAAUAAAAUAAAAUGACAUGGCACUUGAGGUGAUCGUAGCAGUUUCAUAUAGGAAUAUUUUUUCCCCCACCAAACUACAUCUGCCAAACAUCACCGAGUAAAAGCGUGCAUCUAGCCAUGUACGAGAAGCUCAUGCUUACCCUUUGGCGGGAUUAGUUUUUAGAUCCGACAAGAAAGAGCCCCCAACCAGAUCAGUAGCUCUUGAAUAACUGGGGCAUAUUUUCUGUGUUUGAGUUUUUAUGCAGCUUUGAGCAUCACAACCCAGUGCCAUCUAGUUCCAUUAUAUUCAUGAGAAGGCAGACAUCUCUUCGACCGAUAUCUCCAACCCUCUGGAUCCAGAUAAACAGAUCGCUUUACAUGUUAGUGGAAACAAAUGUGUAUCGUUUUUGGGGUGAACGGUCACUUUAAAGCUACCCAAUUGUUUUCGGGACAAAAGAUGUGGUUCAUGAUGCUCUUCAAUGUUUUAAUGGUUAAAAAGGGUGACUGUCCACUACUGUAUUAACAUCUUUGUUUGCUCGCCCUACAUCAGAGGGCUUUUAGCCAAGUAAGGUUACUUUUGUUAAGCUUGUUUUUUAACUAUAAUGUCAAGUGUUAUGAAAGAUCCAGGGUGUUGGGUGAAGUAGCAUCCAUUGGUAAGGCUGCAGGGACAUUGCAAUGAAGGACUAGAUCUGAGCUAAAGAAAAACGCAACCAUUCUCAGUUCCAGUUAAUUAAACAUACAUUAAAAUGUAGUUAUAAAUAUGACUUACUUAUAUUUUGAUCUAUAAAUCCUACACACUGUUGGUUCUGCUUGUGACCACUUUUUCUUUAUCUGAUACUGUUAUCUUUACCCCCUCUGCAACAUGAAAAACUGUGCAGGUUUUUAAACUUGUGUACCCUACUGUACUGUUUGUCCUCACUUGAACCUUGUUAGAUGCCUCAUAAUGUCUUAAGGUUACACAUUAAAGUGAUGAUUACCAGACUUCUAAA